GUUGCUCAGUUGUGUUUCUGUUUCUCUGUUACACCCAUUGCCUCUAAUUCUUUGGGCAUGUGAUGCAAGACUCAAGGCUUGUUUAAGAAGUGAACAGACUUGUACACAGCAACCUGCAAUAAGACAAAAUGAGAGGGAUUUACGUCAUCUUGCUGUGUUUCAUUUUUGUCUGCUGCACCUCAACUAAGAAGAUGCGCUGGUGCACAGUGUCCGAUCCUGAACAGAGGAAGUGUGCAGAGAUGGCGAAAGCCUGGCUGGCUGUGCUGCCUCCAGCCACUGUAAACGCUUUUGCCAGGCUUUCUUGCAUCCGUGCAUUCAGCCUGACUGACUGCAUCAACAGGGUCACGGCUAAUCGUGCAGACAUGGUGACACUAGACGCGGGAGUUGUUUACUCUGCGAUGAAGCAAUUCGGCCUCACAGCUGUCGCCAAGGAGAUAUACAGCGAUGGAGACUGUGUUAUGUCUGUGGCUGUGGUGAGAAACAGCAGCUUGGGCAUAAGGUCCCUGCGGGGUCUCAGGAGCUGUCACAGUGGGCUCCGAUGGACGGCCGGGUGGAGUCUUCCGCUUGGGUUCCUGCUGUCCCGCAACUACCUGAGCUGGUCGAAGGAGAGGCCGCUCGCAAAGGACGUGAGCAGCUUUUUCAAUGCCAGCUGCGUUCCCGGAUCUGCUGCCGUGGCGCCACAUCUGUGUGCUCUGUGCCGAGGCCAGAAGUCUUACGUACGCCAAAAGAAUUACCACUGUGAGACGUCUCACAGCGAACCCUUCUACAACAGCCAUGGUGCCCUCAGAUGUCUCAAGAGUGGUGCAGGAGAUGUUGCAUUUGUGGACCAUUUGGCACUUGAAAGUAUUGAAAACAGUGAAAAGGACAAGUUGAGAUUACUGUGCACAGACGGCACCCAAGCGCCACUCAGUCAUUACAACACAUGUAAUCUGGGUCGCGGUCCAGGAUCGGCCGUGGUCACCCGAUUGAGCUUUCGCAAGAUGGCUCGCAAAUUUCUUCUUACACUGCAGAUGCUUUUUGGCCGUCAAGGGCGUGAGAGGCGUCGCUUCCAACUCUUCGAUUCAUCUUCUUUUGGGGAAAGAGACCUCCUUUUCAAAGAUGCCACAGCCAAACUAGUUGCUCUGCCAGAUGGCGUGGACGUCAGUCAGGUGUUGGGACUGGGUUAUAUUACACUGCUCAAAGGUCUUGGACAUGAAGGAAGCUCGCUGGAGGACAGUGUUGUGCGGUGGUGCUGUAUCAGCCACGCAGAGCAGACAAAAUGUGAGCAGUGGGCUCUGAGUAUAGAGUCAGACCCGCUGGUGUGUGUUAGAGGGGCCUCCAUGCAAGACUGUGUGGAGAAAAUUAAGAGGGAUGAGGUGGACGCUGUCUCACUAGACGCAACUCAUGUAUAUAUUGCAGGGAAAUGUGGCCUCGUUCCAGUAGUAACGGAAUAUUAUGGUAAAGAUAGAGAAUGUAUCGCAACUGAAGUAUCUGCUGAUCAAAACACAGAAGUGUUGCCCUCAGUUGUAGGCGUGGCAGUCGCCAAGCGGUCCAGCAGGAUUAUCGCCAUGGGCAACCUUGGAGGUCGUCGCUCCUGCCACGGCCACAUGUACAGUCCCGCGGGGUGGCUGCUGCCGCACGCGCAAACACUCAGCCAGCAGCACAACAACAGCAGCACAACUUGUGAUCCAAACCAAGUGUACAGUGCCGUGUUUUGGAAAGGAUGUCUUCCUGGCUCUCAGGGGAAUCUGUGUAAAGUGUGUCUGGGAGGCACAGGAGAGGCUACAACCAAACGCUGCGCUGACAACCACAAUGAGCGUUACUAUGGCAACAUGGGAGCUUUGAGGUGUCUGGUUGGAGAUCCCAGUGGCAAAAGCUAUGGCGAUGUGGCCUUCCUUGAGCAGCACAACCUUCAAGACAAUAUUCUCAGUUUGAAUUCCUCUGGUUGGGCAGAAGGGUGGACGUCAUCAGACUUUGAGCUGCUGUGUGGAGACGGACGUCGGGCCUCGUUGUCUGAGUGGGAGAGCUGUCAUCUGGGCGUCAUCCCGCCAAACACGGUCAUGACUCGCCCGGUGCUCACGGCACGAGUUUACGACUUCCUCAUGAAGUCUGAACAAACACUGGCGGCCAAUCCAAGCUCUGAGUUUAAGCUCUUUGAAUCUCGUGGCUAUGGCGAAAGUGAUUUGCUGUUCAAAGAUGCGACACGGUGUUUUGUCCACACAACCCACAUGAAUUGGCGCUCCAUCCUGGGAGAGGAGUUUUACAACCGUGUGGAAGCUGCCUUCAACUGCACCCAAUCUGGUAUGAAUACAAUCAAACACAUAUGUAAAAUAAAAUAUAAUCCAAGCUAUACCAAGCACAUGUAUUUUUUUAUUUUUUAUUUACAGCAGACAUUUUGCGGUUCUGCAGUCAGGACGUGUGCAGUGCAGUCUAAUGGACACCAAGAAUCAGUCCAAUAA